UUGUCUAUGCAAUUAGUUGUUACACACAGGAAAAAAAAAAUCUUAUAGAAAAAUACCAUGUCAUCAAGUUAUUUCCCAUGACUGUGGAAUAAAGGCAACUUGCAUGCCCUUUGAAUAUAGAGGUUACCUGCCCAACUUAAAGAAUCCUACCCAAAAAAUCUGUAAAGUUAAAUCUCACUAGAUGGUUGUGUUCACUGAAACACAUUGCAAAUCUAGACCGUUUGAUCUUGACCGAACAAUCUUUAGUUUAAAAUUUUGUAAACUUGUUUUAGAUCAGUUUCGCAAAGUUGGAAUAUGAAUUCGUUCAACAGAGACCAUGUGACUGCAUGAAUAUGAGAUUAUCUCGACUGCUACUGAUUAUUUGGUCUAGUUACUAGUCAAAUACUAAGGAUUUUUAUGGAGGCCCCCAAAUCCUGGUCAAGCAUAACAUAACCACCCAUUUAUAAGUCACGCCAAAAGAAAAAGCAAGACACAAAAAACAGACCUUGUAACUACAUAUAUAAUAGCAUCUUCCUCUUGAUUUUUUUCAUCUCAUCAAUUUUCAUUCGUCCUUACCCUUUUCUUCUCUUACUCAUCUUUGAAAACUUAUUGUCAGUAGAAUACUAGCUAACUAUCAAGCAAGGCCAUGGCAACAUGUGGGAGCCUGCAACACAUCUUUGAUAACGUAUUGCCAGAAAACCCAACACUGCUUGAAUCCCUCUCAUGGAAAAUUAAACCUGUAAGAUCCAUAAAGGAGUCCUCUUCCUGUACUGAGAUAUUUGGUGAACUCCAUUUCAAGGAAUCAUCACCACCCUCAUCAUUAUCAACAGAGAUAAACCACACAAAGCUCAACCAGAACAAAGACUUUGAGUCUUCUGAUACUAGUAGUCAAACUCCAUCCUCAGCUUCCUUUUCAAGCACCCUAAUAACAACAACUCAUACCAACAGGCACAAAACUAGUGACAGCUUUUCCUGGUUGAAUUCGGAAAGUUUGCAUCUUUGCACAGAGGGUCUUGGUUUCGAGAGUUCAGACGAUGUUGAAGACUUAAAGAGUGGAAUGAACGAAUAUUGGCAAACGGAUCAAAACGAGAAAGACAGUGUAAUAAAACAACAUUUAUCUUCAAGAGAUCAUUCUUAUGGAGAAUGUAGGAGGUCAAGGGUUAUUAAUCAGUAUCCUCCUCCCAUUUCAUGCAUUGGGAGGACAGGGAAGCCUUGGGUGUAUUUCAUGUCUUAUAGGAGUGAUGGUAGACUUGUCAUCAAAGAGAUAAAGAUACCUACACAAGAGUUCCUUCAUGCUUAUAGAGAGGAUGGAAGGCUCAAGCUGCAGUUUGCUCACCGUGAUGAUGAGUUUCCAGAAGAGGAAGAGGAUGUUACGGGAAGUAUAGAUGGUGAAGGAGAAGACAUGAGAAAAGAAGAUCAUGGUGGUGUAACACAUCAUUCAAAUGAAGAAAAAGAGAUUGAUUGAUGGUCAAGUUACUUUUUAUUCAAUUAAGGAAAAACAGAAAGAUUGAAUAACCAAGUUACUAGCUACAAAAAUAACACUAAAAAACUUGAUAAGCACUCUUUUAUAUAUGUUGGCUUUAAUUUUGCUCAUCUCUAUUUUACAGAUCAUAAGUUUUUUUGUUUUGUGCCUUCUAAUAUUUGUCCCCUAAAGAGAAAAUUAGAAUGUUUUAUAAGAUGCACAAUGUUGUUCAUCAGAACACUUAUAUCCCUUGCAAACGUGUAUUGUUGAAGGCCUAUGAUUCUGUUUCAUUUCAUUUUUGAGAGAGGAGUAUGUGAACUUAUUUUUUUGUU